UACCACACCAACAACACCAAAAUACACUAAAAUACAGGCGUACCGUCCGUCUGGGACCACCGGGACCGAACCGUACACUGGACCCGCCUGUGGAUCUUGUCGGAGGACUCUAAUGACCGCGAUCUGUGGAUUGUAAAAAGGAGUUUUUUUGCCUUUUAAUGUGGGAAUGCUUUCUCCUCCUCUCCGUGGUAUGUGGAUCUGGGAGCGACCAUGUUAAUAGGCAGGUGAUAGAAGGAGAAGCCGGCUGCUUUCUCCCAGUGUGAAGAAGACCCAGGACAGAGUGGGAGGGGGAUUCACCGUGACCAAGGGGAAAUCAGGAUGAAAGUGCCUCUGUACCACUGAUGAGCAGAACUGGAAUGAUAUCUUGACCUUUUUUUCCUGGAAGUGACCAAGUCAGCGAUGAGCGGGGGGAUAUAAUGGCCAAGAACAAGGAUGCUCGCCCCCCGACAUUCGCCGUCAGUGUGGUUGGCCUCUCGGGGACGGAGAAAGAGAAGGGAAAUUGUGGCGUGGGCAAGUCCUGCCUGUGCAAUCGGUAUGUGCGUCCCGAUGCGGACAGCUACUACUCGGAGCACACCUCAGUGCUGAGCACAAUAGACUUUGGUGGACGUGUGGUUAACAAUGACCACUUUCUGUACUGGGGGGACGUGUCCCAUCGAGGGGACGACGGGCUGGACUGUAAAAUCCAAGUCAUUGAGCAAACGGAGUUCAUUGACGACCAGACGUUUCUUCCGCAUCGGAGCACGAACCUGCAGCCAUACACGAAACGGGCGGCGGCGACCAAGCUCCAGUCAGCUGAGAAGCUGAUGUACAUCUGCACGGACCAGCUGGGCCUCGAGCAGGACUUUGACCAGAAGCAGAUGCCUGAUGGGAAGCUGAACAUCGACGGCUUCGUGCUCUGCAUUGAUGUGAGCAAGGGUUGCAACAGGAAGUUUGAUGACCAAAUGAAGUUUGUCAACAGCCUCUACUCUCAAACCGUCAAGUCGAAGAAGCCCAUCGUCGUCGCCGCCACAAAAUGUGACGAGUGCGUGGACCAGCACCUGAGGGACCUGCAGGCCUUCGUCGCCAGCAAGAAGAACCUGCUGCUCAUCGAGACGUCGGCGCGCUCCAACGUCAAUGUGGAGAUCUGCUUCAACUCGCUCAUCCAGCAGCUGGACAAAACAAGGGGGAAACCAAAAACUGUGCCAUAUCUGGAGGCCUAUAAAAUCCAACGGCAGCUCGUUGCCUCGGUAACAGAUAGAUUUGACAAACUGAUGGUGCACACGGUGAGAGAUUACCAUACCACGUGGAAAACGGUGAUCAAUAAUAUGAAGGGCCAACCCGACUACGAUGAGUUCAUCACCUUGGAGGGCUCCAGGAAGGCACGCAGCAUAUUCACAAAGCACAUUGCACAACUGAAACAGGAGCACAUUAAGAGGAGGAGGGAGGAGUACCUGACCACAUUACCCAAAACCCUUAACAACAUCCUCAACAACCUGGAGGAGGUCGAACACCUCACCUGGCCCGAGGCGCAGAGUGUGAUCCGGAACCGGCCUGAUUUCCAGUACUGGUUUGUGGUUCUGGAACAGACGCCAUGGGAUGAGACGGACCACAUCGACAACAGCGACCGCAGGAUACCCUUUGACCUGCUCGACACGCCGGACGGUGAGAGGAUCUACCGGAACCACGUCCAGCACCUGCUGUCAGAGAAGAGACGGGUGGAGAUGAAGGAGAGGUUCAAGAGGACGCUGGAGAGGGUUCACUUUAUCAGCCCGGGGCAGCCGUGGGAGGAAGUAAUGUGUUUCGUCAUGGAGGACGAGGCCUACAAGUACAUCACAGAAUCAGAUAGGAGGGAUGUUUACUGUAGACACCAGCAGGAAAUAGUUGAAAGGGCCAAAGAGGAUUUUCAGGAAAUGCUUUUUGAGCACGCUGAGCUGUUCUAUGACUUGGAUCUGAACGCCACCCCCAGCUGCGACAAGAUGAGCGAAAUCCACAGUGUGCUGAACGAGGAGCCCAGAUACAGAGCGCUGCAGAAACUCGCCCCAGACAGAGAGUCUCUCCUCCUUAAACACAUCGGGUUUGUUUACCACCCCACCAAGGAGACGUGCCUGAGCGGGCAGAACUGUGUGGAUCUGAAAGUGGAGCAGGUUCUGGCAAACAGGCUGGUGCAGCUCGACCAUGGACGCUCUAAUCUCUACUAUAACAGUGCCAACAUCGAUAAGAUCAACCUCUGCCUCCUGGGAAGGGAGGGUCUCUCACAGGAACUAGCCAAUGAGAUCCGAGCUCAGUCCACAGACGACGAGUACACCCUCGACGGGAAAAUCUAUGAGCUGGAGCUUCUUCCCGUGGAUGUCAACUCCACGCUGCUCUUCAGCCACACGUGGGUCAAUACGUUCAAGCCGCACGGCUGCUUCUGUGUGUUCAACUCCAUAGAGUCUCUCAACUGUAUUGGAGACUGCAUAGGCAGGAUCAGAGCGGAGAUAGCACAGAGCAGGAGAGACAGAUUUGCUCAGCCGCUGCCGUUCAUUCUCAUCCUGGCAAAUCAGAGGGACAGUGUUUGCAAAAACAUCCCCAUCCUGAGGCACCAGGGCCAACAGUUGGCUAACAAGCUGCAGUGCACCUUCGUCGACAUCCCCUCUGGGGCCUUCCCACGUAAAUUCACAGAGUUCCAAAUUAAGCAGGGUCUCCGAGCUGUGCUGGAAGGGCUGAAGCAUAACUUUGAUGUCUUGGCCCCGCUGCCUUCUAUAAAAGACAUGUCAGAGACAGACCUGAGGAUAGUCAUGUGUGCUAUGUGCUGGGAUCCUUUCAGCGUCGACCUCAUCCUCUCACCUUUCCUGGACUCGCACUGCUGCAGCGCGGGGCAGCCGGGUCAGAGCAACACGCUGAUACUGGACAAGAUCAUCGGCGACAGCAGGAGGAGGAUCCAGGUCACCGUCCUCUCCUAUCACUCCGCGAUCGGCGUCCGCAAAGACGAGCUGGUGCACGGCUACAUUUUGGUCUACUCUGCCAAACGCAAGGCGUCCAUGGCGACGCUGCGGGCGUUCUUGGCCGAAGUCCAGGACGUGAUCCCCGUCCAGAUGGUGGCAAUCACAGACAGCCAGGCAGACUUCUUUGAGAAUGACGCCAUCAAGGAGCUGAUGACGGAGGGGGAGCACAUUGCCACAGAGAUUGCGGCCAAGUUCACAGCCCUGUACUCUCUGUCACAGUAUCAUCGGCAGACCGAGGUCUUCACGCCAUUCUUCAACGAGGUGCUGGAGAAGAAGCCGAGCAUCGAGAGCUCCUUCCUGUUUGACAGCUCGUCACGCGAGUGCACCACUGGUGCCAGUGAAGAUGUCUUCCCUACCUCGCCCCACAGCCAUUCCCCGGCCUACAACACUUAUUAUCCAGAAUCUGACGACGACAAUGAAGCCCCUCCCCCUUACAGUCCAAUAGGUGAUGACGUCCAGCUCCUCCCCACGCCAAGUGAGCGGGCCAAGUACCGCAUCGACCUAGAGGGGAACGAGUAUCCCGUCCAUAGCACACCUGUGGGAGACCAUGAACGCAACCACAAAGUGCCUCCACCUGUGCGGCCCAAACCUGUUCUCCCCAAGCCCAACGUCAAAAAGCUGGACCCCAACCUGCUCAAAACCAUCGAGGCCGGCAUGAGGAGUAACCGCAGGAUGCCGCGCGGCACAAUGACGCACAGCGAGGAUGUGGAGGCAUCGGACAACUAUGCAGACCCUGUGGACACCUUGCUCAGGUCCAGGGGCUUCCACAACGACGACAUAUACGCCGUGCCCGAGGACACGCACAGCCGUCUGGUCAAAAUAAGAAACUCCUUCGGCGGGUUACAUGGUCUCCACGGAGGAGGAGAGGAAGAGAACGGGUUCGACCGAAAGUCUCAGACCGGACGGCGGCCGUCAAAAUACAAACACCGUUCAAAGAUCCUCUUCAGUAAGACGAAGGCCUACCAAAGACGAUUCCACUCCGACAGCGACGGCGAGGAGUCUGGCCCUGCCACGCAGAAAAAGAAAAAGGGAAGAGCCCACCGGGGCAGCGAGGAGGACCCGCUGCUGUCCCCCGCCGACCCCUGGAAGGGCGGGAUAGAUAACCCUGCUAUCACCUCCGACCCUGAGCAGGAGGACAAGAAGAUGAAGAAGAAGAAGACGCCUAAAACACCAAAGGAACCAAAGAAGCCGAAAUCCUCCAAGCCCCCCAAGCCUCUGUACCCCCCCACCCGGAGAACCUGGGAGAGCAACUACUUCGGUGUUCCCCUGCAGAACCUGGUGACCCUGGAUCGACCCAUCCCCCUCUUUAUUGAGAAAUGCGUGGACUACAUUGAGCGCACAGGUCUGACGACAGAAGGUCUGUAUCGCGUCAGUGGGAACAAGACAGACCAGGACAACAUCCAGAAACAGUUUGAUCAAGAUCACAGCAUCGACUUCGUGGCGAUGGACGUGGCGGUGAACGCUGCUGCCGGCGCGCUGAAGGCUUUCUUCGCCGACCUGCCAGACCCGCUGAUCCCCUACAGCCUGCACCCAGAGCUGGUGGAGGCCGCAAAAAUUGUGGACUACAUUGAGCGUCUUCAGGUCCUGAGAGAAAUCGUGAAGAAGUUUCCCUCCGUUAACUACCAGGUCUUCAAGUACAUCAUCACACACCUCAACAGGGUGAGUCAGCACAGCAAGACCACGCUGAUGACGGCCGACAACCUGUCCAUCUGCUUCUGGCCCACGCUGAUGCGUCCCGACUUCGAGAACAAGGACACGCUGUCCACCACCCGGCUGAACCAGGCUGUCAUCGAGUCUUUCAUCGUGCAGAGCGACUACUUCUUCCACGGCGGCGAGGUGGCCGAGAGCUCCAGCAGCGAGGGCACGCCGCCGCCGCACGGCCACAACAUGGUGGAGGCCCUGCUGCCGCUGCCUCCCCCCCCCCUGCAGCCGCAACAGAUCCAACACAACCUGCCCCCCGACCCGCUCAUAUAAGAGCCAGAGGAGCUUUCUGGGAAGUCAAGUUAUCUGUGUGUGCUGCCAGCCGUCGCCCGGAGGUCGUCCUCUGCUUCACAACGC